ACAUAUCGUUGUCAUAUCCGUCAUCAACUUCAUUCUUUCCUUCUAAAAAAUAUUAUUAUAAUAAUAACUCAUAAUAAUCCGUAAUCAAUUCAAGUAAAUACACUGGCCUGGGAAGAUAGUCGAGGAAAACCGCGGUAGCGUGUGCGUGUAUACGUAUAGGCUUGAGUAGCAUCGUCAGGCAUCAUGGCAGAAACAGCACCCCUCUCACCUAAAGAAUCCAUCCACCAAGCAGGCGGCGGACAACCGGGCGCCGAAGACCGCACAAUCAAAGAGGUCAAAUCCUCCACAUUACAAUACCUAGAACAAAUCUACGCCGCACACGCCUCUCCCGCCGACAAACAAUGGCACAAAGACUCCAUCGUCGAGUUCUUGCAUCAUUCACAGGCCGACAAAGUAACGGAACCCUCAUCCGCUGAUGUCGCGGCGCGGGAUUCUCUCGAUUUCGCUGGGUUCUUGGGGUAUAUGACGUCGUCGGCAGCUAACGCAUUAGCACCACCACCUGAUCAGGAUUUGUCCUGGCCGCUUGCUAGCUACUACAUCUCUUCCAGCCACAACACUUACCUAACCGGUAACCAGCUAAACAGCGAUUCCGAUGCUAGUGCCUAUCGAAAUGUUUUGUUGCGCGGUUGUCGGUGUGUUGAAAUCGACGUGUGGGACGGCGAUGACUCCGAUGUCGAAUCUUCAUCGGGUAGUUCCGAUAGCGAUGAGGAUGAAGACGCCAAAGAGAUUAAAGCUAUUCGGAAGGCCAGUCGUAGGGAAAAACUUGCUUCUAAAUUGCCGGGAUCGCUGGCUAGUCGGUUCGAGAAGACAUCUUUAGGCAAGAAGAUUACGGGAAAGGGUGGCGCGGAAAAAGAACCCGCGGCCAAGAAAAAAGACGAUGAUUCCGCCUCGGGGAAAAGCAUCCCGCUGAAGAAAUCGCCAAGUCCGCAAGCAGGUGUUGUUGAACCUAGGGUCCUGCACGGUUACACACUCACAAAGGAAGUUUCAUUCCGCGAAGUAUGUGAGGCGAUUCGCGAAAGCGCAUUUGUGGUCACGGAUUUACCUCUUAUUGUCAGUUUGGAAGUUCAUUGCUGCCAGCAGCAACAAGAAGCCAUGGUCCGCAUUAUCAACGAGGCUUGGGCUGGGCUUUUACUACCCCAUCCCGACGACGAUGCCAAAUUCCUUCCCGCCCCUGGCGAUCUGCGCCGUAAGAUCCUCGUUAAAGUUAAAUACGCACCGCCAAACGCCGCUUUGACAAGCCCGGGCGGAGAAUCCGCGGAUCGGCUCCCUCCCGACGCCAGGGCCGACCCGAAAUCCAAAACCACCACACAGCAAAAAGUUAAGAAGGCGUCAAAGAUCAUCCAAGCGCUCUCAGCGCUAGGCGUAUACACACGUGGCGUAUCAUUCAAAAGCCUAUCACAACCCGAAGCCAAGAUGCCAACACACAUCUUCUCCCUAUCCGAAGGCGGCGUCGCCGAAGUCCACGAAAGCGAAGCAAUGCGACUAUUCGAACAUAACCGUGACUAUCUAAUGCGUACCUACCCCUCCGGCAUGCGCAUCGGAUCCUCCAACCUGGACCCCUUAGCUUUCUGGCGCAAGGGUAUCCAAAUCGUCGCGUUGAACUGGCAAAAAUGGGAUGAAGGAAUGAUGUUAAACGAAGGCAUGUUCGCCGGCACCGGCGGUUUCGUAUUAAAACCCGACGGGUACCGCGGGCGAAAACCUAUCGUCGUCGAACCUACCAACGAAAACGGAGAAAAGAAGCCAAACGCAGAGAAGGAAAUAGUCCCACUCCCCGCACCAACAACAAUCCUCCACCAAACCCUCAACCUAAGCAUCACCGUGUACGCCGCGCAAAACAUACCCCUCCCCGAAGCCGAUGACAAAGAAAGCGGUUUCAAGCCAUACGUCAAAAUCGAGUUACACACCGAGCCGCCAGCGCAUCACUCUGUUACGCGGUCUGGUACGAAUUCCUCGACUAGAGCGAAGGAGGGCGAGUACAAAGCGCGCACCAAGACCCAGAGGGGUAAACAUCCCGAUUUCAAAUUCGAAGUGCUAUCCGUGGCCAAGGAUAUCCCCGGCGUAGCGCCCGAACUCGCAUUCGUGCGUUUCCUUAUCAAAGAUGAUGAAAUUGGACGCGAUGAUUUGGCCGCUUGGGCUUGUGUUCGAUUGGAUCGGCUACGCGCUGGAUACCGAUUUGUGCAUUUAUUAGAUCGUGAGGGACGCGAGAGCGAAGGUGUUCUACUGGUCAAGGUUGAUAAACAUCUUGCCUAGGAGGCGUGUUGUGAAUCGGCUUACGGCGAGUCAGAAGAUGAGGGAAGAUGGCAUUUUAGGAGCGUAGACUGUGGUAUUAUGUAGAUACGGGAUAUCUGAAAUAGCGGGUAGUACGUCUAGGCAUCAAUCAUAGCAUGAGAAAGCAAGCGCGCAUAUAGCAUGUAGUUACUUGGGUUUAAAUUAGAAAAAAAUUU